UCCUCCCCGAUUCUUCACACAUAACCGAUUCCAAUCAAUCACAGCUUCGAGAUCAAACCGGCAUGUCGACGAAUCCCGAUAACCAGAAACCGGUCGAACCUUCCGACGUCGAGGCUGCUGCGCCAACGACGUUUUCCGCGAUUACUCAGAGAUGGAAAAGAGAGGACACGAUAAAGAAAGCAUCUCCGAUCACGAGAGGACUAGCUCUUAUCUUCUCCAUCCUCGCCUUCGUAAUCAUGGUCUCUAACAAACACGGACCCGGUCGAAACUUCGACGAGUACGAAGAGUACAGAUACGUGGUGGCCAUCGCGAUUCUCGCAACGUUAUACACUGCGUGGCAAACGUUUGUACAUCUCUCGAAAAGAGACUUCUUUGAUCGCCGGACAUCAAUAUUUGUCGAUUUCUCCGGCGACCAGAUUGUAGCGUAUCUUCUCAUAUCAGCUGCGUCCUCUGCGAUUCCGUUAACUAAUAGGUUCAGAGAAGGUCAAGAUAACAUUUUCACUGAUUCUGCUGCUUCAGCUAUCACCAUGGCUGUACUCGCCUUUGUGUCUUUAGCUCUCUCUGCUCUCUUCUCUGGUUACAAACUCUCUACUACUCAUUCUUUUGUCUGAAUUUGCUUAAGCCUCUCCCUUUGCUUCAGUCCUUUGUUUAUAUGGUGUUGGUCUCUGUGAUAAGUGUAAAUGUCAUUCUUUUAUGUGAGUGAGCGUCUCUGUGACUCUCUGUAUGUGUUUUGGUAAAAUUGUAUUCAAAUCAAUGGAAUGAACUUGUUAUAAGAUUGUAAAUUCAUGUAAAAAGUGAUUGGUUUUAUUCCA